AUGGCUUCACUUUUCAAAUCGAAGACUUUGGGACCUCCACUACUCAGCGUGAGCAAUUGUGAUAUUUACCAUAUUCACCGUGUACCCGGAGCUUCCAAACAGCAAGCGCAUCGAGCUCUUUCAUAUGAACCGCGUACUGUUCUUAAUACACUUCCACCAAAAAGCCAGGAAUAUUACAGGACAGAGAUCUUUAACGACGUGGUAAACAUUAAAUUAUGGAAAGAACACUCCGUAGUACUCGGAAAGUUGGCUGUUGAAAAUAGAAUUAACAAACUUCGAAGAAGGAAUACAACGGAGUCUGAAAAUCAAUUCCCAAAUGACAUCAAAAAAUGGUCUCAGGGACCAUGUAAAAAAAUUCCUCGAAUCUCGCAUGAAAAGAUUCGGAUUACAAUGAAACUGACAUUAAAAAAAUCAGAGGGCAAGAUCUUACAGGUAGCUUUUCUUCAUUUAACUGAAGAGGAAAUAACUCGUAAACCUGGCCUUUAUGAACUCAACCCAAGUCCAGCGGAAAAUAUUAUGGAAUUAGUUGAAGAACUCAACAAAAACUAG